AACAGUUUUGGGCCAAGCGACCAUGAGAGGGCCAGAGCUGGGGCCCGAAACUAACAUGGAGGGGGACGUACUGGACACCCUGGAGGCCCUGGGGUAUAAGGGUCCAUUGUUAGAGGAACAGGCGCUCUCCAAGGCAGCAGAGGGUGGACUGUCUUCACCUGAAUUUUCGGAGCUCUGCGUUUGGUUAGGCUCUCAAAUAAAGUCCUUAUGCAACCUGGAAGAAAGCAUCACUUCCGCCGGGAGAGACGACCUAGAGAGCUUCCAGCUUGAGAUAAGUGGGUUUUUAAAAGAGAUGGCCUGUCCGUACUCGGUACUCAUAUCAGGAGAUAUUAAAGACCGCCUCAUGAAGAAGGAUGACUGCCUGAAACUUCUGUUGUUUUUAAGUACAGAACUUCAAGCUUUACAGAUAUUACAAAAGAAGAAACAUAAAAAUUCUCAGUUAGAUAAAAACAGUGAAAUUUGCCAGGAAGUUCAAGCUGUGUGUGAUGCCCUCGGGGUUCCUAAGUCAGACACUUCUGACAUUCCACUCCUACUGAGCCAAGUGGAAUCGAAGGUGAAGGACAUUCUCUCGAAAGUCCAGAAAAACCAUGUGGGAAAACCACUGCUAAAGGUUGAUUUAAGUUCAGAACAGGCAGAAAAAUUGGAAAGGAUUAAUGAUGCUCUUUGCUGUGAAUAUGAAUGCCGCCGGCGGAUGUUAAUGAAACGGUUGGAUGUGACCGUGCAGUCUUUUGGGUGGUCGGAUAGAGCAAAGGCAAAAACAGAUAACAUAGCAAGAAUUUACCAGCCCAAGCGGUAUGCUUUGUCGCCCAAGACAACAGUUACGUUGGCACAUCUGCUUGCUGCCCGUGAAGAUCUGUCCAAGAUCAUCAGGACAAGCAGUGGCAUCAACCGGGAGAAGACAGCAUGUGCCAUCAAUAAGGUGCUUAUGGGGAGGGUGCCUGACAGGGGAGGACGGCCGAAUGAAAUUGAACCACCACCCCCUGAAAUGCCCCCUUGGCAGAAGAGACAAGAAGGCGGAGGGAGGGGUGGCUGGGGUGGUGGAGGUGGAGGUGGUGGCAGAGGAGGUGGUGGGGGUGGAAGAGGUGGAUGGGGUGGGGGUGGGGGAGGAGGGUGGGGAGGAGGUGGGGGAGGGGGAGGAGGGUGGGGAGGAGGGGGUGGAGGAGGAGGCGGCAGAGGAGGUUUCCAAGGCAGGGGAGAUUAUGGUGGGAGGGGAGAUUAUGGUGGAAGAGGGGGCUAUGGCGGGGGAGGCGGAGGAGGUGGUGGGUACAGAAGAUACUAA